AUGAGCAUCUUUGUGAAUUACGACGGUCCGAAACUGGACAAGGACCAAAAGCGCGUUGUUAGGUCGAGGGCCAUGGUCGUAGUCCGCGGUCGACGGAAGCAGGCUGAAUGUCAGGUCAAGUCCCGUCGUGGUACCCCUAAGCGUCUGGGGAGAGCCCCUGAUGAAGAAAGAGGACGUACUGUCAGUUUAGCUCCGGCCCGAAAUGACAGCAGCGGUAACGGCGGCCACUUAGAUUCGUUCGAGGACGACAUGCAGCAGGCGUUGGUUGCACAAGAGCCAGCCACCAGCUCCCGGUCUGUCGCGAACAGCAGUCGCAAGCGCGACAAGACAUGGAUGGCCGUUACACGGCAGCGCCGCCCUAACUUGAAUCCAUACGACCUCCGCGGCGCACCGCCGCAGUCCACCCACAUGACGGGCGUCGACGCCCGCACCUUUCAGGAUUACCUCAGCCGGUGCGGGUCAUACUCGUCCUAUCUUGACGAAGCUUUUGUGCUGGUCGGGUUUCAGCAACCCAGCUAUUUCCGCCCGGACCUGUCUAAGGCGGCCUGUAUUUACAUCGGCUGGCUCCUGACGGCGGGCGUGCUGGAUGCCGUCCGUGGGACUCAGGAUAUUACUUACCCGUACUACGAAUACCAGGCCGUGCGGGAGUUGCAAAAGUUUGUCGACGAUGCCGAUGCGAAGCAGUUGCACGAGGUGGUGUAUCCGGUGGUCAUCCUGGGCAUGUUUGAGAUGGUCCGCUUCAGCCCCCGCACGAUCACGCAUCUGGCUGCCGUAGAGGGAUUCAUCAAGUCCCGUGGAGGGCUCCACACGAUGCCCGAUGUCAUGCAGCACAUCGUCCUGAUGGCCGACACGCUGCAAUGCAUCUGCCUCUCCACGCCGCUCGCCUUCAGCACUCUCGGCACAGCCCCCACCCCACACCUAACCACAUCACCCGCCUUCCCAGCCGGCAACCAGCUCCGCUCCUGCCCACUACUGCUCUGCGACGGCGAGGCUCUCUCCCUCGCAGCGCAGUACACCGACCCUUCCAUCCGCCCGGGCCUCGUCACCGCCCUGCAGGACGCCCACGACGCCUUCCGCGGCUUCUUUGGCUACCCUUCAUCCCUGCCUGGCCCCGCCUCCCCCUCCACGUGGAGCAGCAGCAGCACUGCGGUGGGCGAGGAGGCGGACGACGGCGUACCUCCGGUUGUCCCGAACAGCGUGCCGGCCCGCCUGCUGGAGACGUGCGCCCUGGCGGCGCGCAUCAUGCGCAACACCCUGACGGACGGGCUGGACGGGUUGGAUGACCCCCGGAAUGGGCUUGAUGUGCUAGUCAUGUAUGAGAAUGUGCGGUUUGUGGGGUUGAAGGCGUGGACGGGGCUGCCGUAUGUUUAUGUUUGGGUUAACCUCAUCGGGUUUGCCGCCUCUCGGGAUAUGCGCAUGAGAUCGUACUUCAUUGCUGAGGUUGUUCGCUGCGCUUUCAGCUACGGCUGCUACCAGAUGGAGGUCUUCCAGGCUGUGCUUUGGAACUUUCUUCAUCUCCGCAACGUGAUCGAGGGCGGCAAGAUGGCCCUGGCCGCUUUUGCCACUGGAAAAGUCCUGGGCCCGUUGUAAAGCGGUUUUUGUUCUGGUCGUUAAUUUAAACUACUGCCUAGAGAGACGAGGACGG